AUGCUUGACCAAGUCAUGCUUGUGAAAUUUUUAUAAGAUGAAAUGGUGCUACCAAAGGAAUCUGCAUUUUUUGAAUCUGUGGAUCCUGAAACUGAUAAAGUGAUUCCACUUGUAGAAUCAGAAUUUUAUAUCUAAGAUUAUAUUGGUGUAAAGCAAUUGGAUUAACAAGGGAAAAUAAAAUUUAUAGAGAUUGAUGAUUCUCAUUUAAAAUGGACAGAUGAAAUAACAAAGAAUAUAUUUAUUCCUUUUUUAGUUUGA